AUGAAUGAAGUGGGAGCGAUUUCUGUGGAGCAAUGUCAGUGCAAAAAAGGUUUUCGAAAGCUUGGUGAAAACCGUUGCGCCUCUCUUGUCUGCGAGAAACUCAGCGCCCCGACCAGCGGAUAUUUUGUAAAUGACAAAUGCAACAACAAUUUCAACGCUGCCUGCGGUACACGCUGCCAACCUGGUUACGACCUGCAAGGAGAUAGCGUUAGGAUUUGUCAAGAAGAUGGAAAAUGGUCAGGAAAUGUCACUCAGUGCGUCAUGAAAACAUGUCCGUUUCUGCCAACACCAAAGAAUGGGAACAGGAUCUGCAGCCGAGGGGACUUUAGUUAUUCAACCGUAUGUCGUUUUACAUGUGACAAAGGGUAUAAGCUGAUUGGUUCGAGAAAGAGGACAUGUUUAGCCAUCGCCUAUUGGUCAGGAAUUACAACCAGAUGCAGAGAAAUCACCUGCCAACAUCUGAAGGAACUAACAUUUGGCACAGUGUCUCCAGAAGUAUGCACAGGGGGUGGGGAGGUGCCGUUUGGAACCACUUGCAAGAUGACAUGUAAUAAUGGUUACACUUUGGAUGGGCCACACACAAAACAAUGCACACCCGAUGGAAUAUGGUCGCCGGUCGACAAGGGAGAAGUCAGCCGUUGUAUUGAUACUCGUCCACCCCUGAUUUUAUGUCCAGCAAAAAUUGAGGUUGAGACAGAUAAGGAUAUGAACAGCGCUAAUGUGACGUGGAUCCCGCCGUUUGCCAUUGAUAACUCUGGACUUGUACCCACUCUGACCGCUAUACCGGCAGUGAAACCACCAACGCGUUUUUCGAUUGGAGUGUCCGAAGUGACCUACAUAGCAGAAGACGCUAAUAAAAAUAAACAAGAGUGCAAGUUUAAUAUUGUUGUCAAGGAUACCCAGCCUCCGCGAGUGGAUAGGUGUCCUAGGCAGUUGACGGUAGUCAGCGAAGAACUCCUGACGAACGUCACAUGGACCGAGCCACUUUUCAGCGAUAAUUCGAACCAGCCACUCCGCAUCACGAAAACGCACGAACCAAACAGCCUGUUCCGACAGGGAGUCACCAAUGUCACGUACACGGCAUUCGACCAAUCGGACAACGCCACUAGCUGUUUGUCUAUCUAUCUAUCUAUCUAUCUAUCUAUCUAUCUAUCUAUCUCAGUCUGUUUAAAUCUAUCUAUCUAUCUAUCUAUCUAUCUCAGUCUGUUUAAAUCUAUCUAUCUAUCUAUCUAUCUAUCUAUCUAUCUAUCUAUCUAUCUAUCUAUCUAUCUAUUUCAGUCUCUGUUUGUUUAUCUAUCUAUCUAUCUAUCUAUCUAUCUAUCUAUCUAUCUAUCUAUCUCAGUCUUUUUUAAUUUAUUUAUCUAUCUAUCUAUCUAUCUAUCUAUCUAUCUAUCUAUCUCAGUCUGUUUAAAUCUAUCUAUCUAUCUAUCUAUCUAUCUAUCUAUUUCACUAGCUAGCUGUUUGUUUAUCUAUCUAUCUAUCUAUCUAUCUAUCUAUCUAUCUAUCUAUCUCAGUCUUUUUAAAUUUAUCUAUCUAUCUUAG